CUUGAAAGCGUCAUUGCGUGCACCUAUACCCAGUUUCCUUCGUUUUCUUCGUCCCGUGCCCUUCUCGGCACCAUCGAAGGUCGAAGCAAGGUGUGUUCACCUGUGCCCGCCGUCCACUGUUAGACGGACUGGCAGCAUCGCGGAAGGCAGCAAGGGUUCGGACUUUAUCUCUCCAGUUUCUCCGUUCGAGUUCCCCGCCUCCCUCCGUAAGAAGACUGUUAGGAUGCCAAUGGUAACACGGAGACUGAGAGAUCCUGACACAAAUCCUUGCUUGUUGAUCGCAUUUCACCUCUUAAAUGCUGCUUAUUUUACAUAUUUAAGGAAUCUGAUGCUUCUGCCAGAUGUAUGGAUGAAAAUAAUUAUGACAAGGAAAGGUGUUCCACUUACUUCUUGAAAUACAAAAACUGCCGGAAAUUCUGGAAUUCUGUCAUGAUGCAGAGAAGACAGAAUGGAGUAAAGCCACCUAUGCCUACAGCAGCAGAAAGAGAUGAAAUCCUGGGCGCAAUGGGAAAGAUGCCCUACUGAAUAUUUGCAUUGAAAUUGUUUACUUAACUUAAAAGCAGAUAAAUAUUUUUAAUAAAUCAUCACUGAAAUCUG